AUGAAAUCACCACUUGCAAAGCAACUGUUUAUGAUUGAUGGUAUUACCGGUGUCUUUUUCGGCCCUGACUUUAUUACGAUCUCCAAGGAUUCUGUAGCUGAAUGGCAAUUGAUGAAACCCGAUAUUUAUGCUGCCAUCAUGGACCAUUUUGCUUCAGGACAGCCUAUUGUAUACGAUACAGAAGAAUUAGCAGCCAGUGAUACCACCAUUCAUCCUGAUGACCCUGAAGAAGUCCAGAUGAUUAAGGAGUUAUUGGACACACGUAUCCGUCCCUCUAUUCAAGAAGAUGGUGGUGAUAUUGAAUACUGUGGAUUUGAAGAGGGUAUUGUCAAGUUGAAAUUAAAGGGAAGUUGUCGAGGCUGUGACAGUUCAGCCAUUACACUCAAGAAUGGUAUUGAAAAUAUGUUGAUGCACUAUAUUCCAGAAGUACAAGGUGUUGAACAAGUGAUUGAUGAAAAUGAAGCUGUUGCUUUACAGGAAUUUGAUAAACUUGAAAAGCGAUUAGGCGAAAAAUAA